CCCGUAUCCAAAGUUCCUGUAAAUUGUCCGCCGCCAGUCCUGUUCGCUGACAUAUGCAUGCUUUUCUGCCGGAAAACCGAGGCACUUCGAUAUCAACGGAUCAAUAUUCUGUCCGCUCUGUGUUUCACGACGACAUGCUUCUUGUGAAAUAAUACAGCGCACUUCCCAACUGAUCGGCUUUCGACACAACCCAGUCCCGUGCUGGCGAGAUCCCUUCGAGGACGACGACAUUUGCUCUGUGCGGUACGGCUUGCGAGGGGUGUCCUAGGCUUUGGUUGUCCGCGGAUAUAAAACCCCAUGUUGUCUUCGUGCUGCCAGCACCAUUGUUAGCGUGCAUAUUCGUAAACAGGAUCAGCCUCAACUGCAAACCUGUCACUCUCAUCCCCUUUGAUUGUGCUCAGACUACUCCGGAUGAGAUUUCCAUUUGCUCGUACAACAUGUCAACCCUGAUUCCUCAACCUCCAACAAUUCCCAUUUUAGGAAAUGUUUGGGAUAUCGAUCCAAAGAACUCGAUACAAAGUCUUUCUCAUAUCGGCGAAAAAUAUGGACCCAUCUUCAAGCUGUCUUUCAUAGGACGAGAGAGAUAUUUCGUGACAUCGGUGGCAUUGCUCGAUGAGCUCUGUGAUGAACGUCGGUUCUGCAAAGCCGUAUCUGGAGGAUUGAAAGAAGUCCGGCACGGCGUGAAAGAUGGACUUUUCACUGCUUACAAUGGCGAACACAACUGGGAGGUCGCCCAUCGAACACUUGUGCCGGCCUUCGGUCCCAUCGGUAUUCAUGAGAUGUACGACGAGAUGUACGAUAUUGCCACACAGUUGGUCGCAAAGUGGGCACGCGUCGGCCCAGACGAGAAAAUCAACGUGACCGACGAUUAUACGCGCUUGACAUUGGAUUCUAUUGCUCUUUGCGCGAUGGGAAAACGCUUCAAUUCAUUCUACUCGGAAUCGAUGCAUCCGUUCGUCAAUGCCAUGGUUGGAUUCCUUCAAGAAAGUGGCCGACGUCCGACUCGAACACGGCUAGAAUCACUAUUCAACAGGGCCGCAGAACGUCAGUUCCAAGAAGAUAUCGCAACGAUGAAAACCGUGGCCGAGGAAGUCAUUGCACACCGAAGAUCGAAUCCGACGGACAAAAAGGACCUCUUGAAUGCAAUGCUGUAUGGCAAAGAUCCCAAGACCGGAGAACGCCUUACACAUGAGAGCGUCAUGAACAACAUGAUAACCUUCCUCAUUGCAGGCCACGAAACAACUUCCGGAGCUCUUUCCUUUGCGACGUAUUAUCUCGUCAAGAACCCUGAUGUUUUGAGCGAAGCUCAGGCCGAGGUCGAUGCUGUUGUCGGCAAAGGGCCAGUCACAUUCCAGCAUAUGUCCAAAUUGCCAUACCUUGAAGCAAUCCUCAGAGAGACGCUACGGCUUCAGCCCACGGCCCCUGCAUUCCAACUGCGAGCAUUGGAAACCGUCCCUGGACCUGUGGUGCUCGGUGGGAAAUACUACAUCCCCCCCGAGGCUUCAAUAUUUGCACUUCUGCCUAGCAUUGGGAGGGAUCCGGAAGUCUUCGGCCCGGAUUGCAACGAAUUCAAGCCAGAACGAAUGAGCGGAGAGAAUUUUGCAAAGUUGCCCAGAAAUGCAUGGAAGCCUUUUGGAAACGGGGCAAGAGGAUGCAUAGGACGACCCUUUGCGUGGCAAGAAGCCAUCUUGACACUUGCCCUUGUUCUUCAGAACUUCAAUCUGAGGGCUGACGAUCCUUCGUAUCAACUGCAAAUUAAGCAAACUCUGACCAUCAAACCCGACAAACUUUUCAUCCGGGCGACUCUGCGAGAUGGGAUCGAUCCCUUGAAGCUGGAGAAGAAAAUGCAUGCUGGGGUGGAAGUCGAAGAUGUUCGGCAGAAACAACAGACUGCGAUCAGAAAAGGGGACUUCGGCAAGCCCAUGCUGAUUCUCUACGGAUCGAACUCCGGCACCUGCGAAGGACUCGCGCAAAACCUUGCUAGCAGCGCGAGCAGUCGAGGGUUCGCAGCCACAGUGAAGCCUCUCGAUGCAGCAGUCGAUCAGCUCCCGGUCAAACAACCCGUUGUGCUUAUAACUGCUAGCUAUGAGGGCAAUCCUCCCGACAACGCGGCAGUGUUCGUUGAGUGGCUGAAGAAUGUUGCCCCAGAGAAGGUCAAGGAUGUGCAAUUUGCAGUGUUCGGUUGCGGUCAUCACGAUUGGGUGGCCACAUUUCAGAAGGUGCCGAAAUUCAUUGACGCUGAGCUGCUCAGCAAAGGUGGAAAGCAAAUUGCCAGUCGUGGGGAAUCGGAUGUUGGUGGAGGAAAUGUCUUUGAUGACUUCGACGCCUGGCAAGACGAGAAGCUCUGGCCUGCACUCUCCGCGGACUCGGGCUUCGCAGACAUCACGGAAGGUCUGGACAUGGAGAUCAGCACUACCUCUCGGGCGUCGCAUCUUCGACACAAUGUCCUGGAUGCCCUUGUGCUCAAGAAUGAGUCGUUGACAGCUGCAGACGUCCCUGAGAAACGACACACCGAGUUCCAAUUGCCGACUAGCCUCUCAUAUGAAGCUGGUGAUUACCUCGCCUUGCUACCAGUCAACAAUAUUCCAACAAUCUCGAGAGUACUGCGGCGAUUCCGACUACCUUGGGAUGCGAUGAUGACCCUCCGGAAAGGCGCGCACACGACAAUUCCCACAGAGACCGCUAUGCCCGUGUCAGCCGUCCUCGGUGCAUAUGUUGAGCUCAGCAGCCCUGCUACACGAAAGAAUUUCAUCACCCUCGCGAAAUACGCCAACGACGACAAGCUUGCCGAAGAACUCACAUCAACAACGGACCAGCUUUCGAUUCUCGAGAUCCUCGAAAAGUAUCCGUCGUUGGACCUUCCCUUCCCCGUUUACCUUUCGAUGUUGACUCCGAUGCGCAUUCGACAGUACUCCAUCUCAUCCUCACCCCUGAACGACCCAACCAAAGCCAGCGUCAUGUACUCGGUGGUCAAUUCGGGGACAGGACGUAUCGGCGUAGCCACAAACUACCUGAAAGCUCUUCAGCCCGGCUCUAUAGUGCAGCUCAUGGUCAAAAAAUCUCAUGCUUCUUUCCAUCUACCACGCGGCCACAAAACGCCAAUCAUCAUGGUAUGUGCGGGAACCGGCCUCGCGCCUUUCAUGGGAUUUGUACAGGAGCGUGCUGCUCGUAUUGCUGCUUCCGGUGGUGGGAGCGAGGACUUCGGUGAAGCAAUCCUCAUAAUUGGCUGUCGAUAUCCUGACAGAGAUCGACUGUAUGCCGAGCAAUUGUCGAAUUGGGAGGCUGCCGGCAUUGUCAAAGUGUUCUAUGCCUUCAGUCAGGCUUCGGACAAGUCAGAUGGCUGCAGGUAUGCCCAGGACAAGCUUUGGCGCGAACGCGAGCUGGUGAGCAGACUGUUUGAUGAAGGUGCUAGAGCCUACAUAUGUGGAAGCAGCUCUUUAGGAAAAGGGGUGCGAGAAGUUGCGGCCAAGAUGGCGGUCGAAGGAGCGAGGAAGAAAGGGAAAGAAGUAAGUUACGAGCAAGGGUUGAAUUGGUGGGAAGGCCUCAGAGGCGAGAGGUACGCUGUCGACGUCUUUGACUGAUUGAUAUCGGCAAUGUUGAGAUGACAACGUUGUUUGAAACAAUGAAGCUCGUCGUCUAUGACAAAAUCUGGCGCAACACGGAUACUCUAGGACAUAAACUUCUCUCCACCGAAUCAGAGUGGGUUGUACAGGCUGCGUAGUCCGCAAACAAAUCAUUUUAUACA